AUGUCUCGUGGCCCUGGACGCAUACCGGCCCGCUGGCUUCACUGCCCGCGGAAAUCCGAAACGCUCAUAGCUGGACUUUUUCUGGCCUUUAAGACUCCACUAAAGGAAGAGUUUAAAUCUCAGAUGCCCAUUAAUUGUUCCUUCACUCCGUCGAUGUUAUUCGAUCUAAUGAAGCGACACAAGCAACGCAUCGGGCUGUGGAUAGAUCUAACAAACACAAACCGUUUCUACGACAAGAACCGGGUCAUUGACGCUGGCUGUCAGUACAUCAAGCUGCAGUGCCGUGGCCACGGCCAAACACCGUCUAUUCAGCAAACGGCAUCAUUCAUUCAGCUUGUGGAAGAGUUCAAAGUGCAAAGGCCGUUAGAUGUGAUUGGAGUGCACUGCACGCACGGCUUUAAUCGAACGGGUUUCUUGGUCGUUUCGUACAUGGUCGAACAAUUGGACUGUGCGCUCGAUGCGGCCCUGGCGGCAUUCGCUAAGGCUCGUCCGCCCGGCAUCUACAAGGAUGAUUACAUUAAGGAGCUGUACGAUCGAUACGAACCGGAUGGAAAUGUUCCGUUGCCCCCGGAACUUCCGGACUGGUGCUUGGAGUAUGAUGACGGAGAUCGUCAGAACCAUCAGGAAGAGGAUGAUGAUGACGACGAUGAUGCAAAUAGCAAUAACAAACGAAAGCGAAUGAACGAUUCUGAAAAUGGUCAAGAAGGUCCCAGUCUCAAGCGGAAGCGAGUUUCGUACAACUCAAAUGCGGUCUUCAUGGACGGCGUGCCGAAGGUGUCCCUAGUGACAGAUGAACCAUUAAUCAUGAAACUUCAAGACCGAGUCCGCGCGAUGUGUGGCAGCAAGCUGCAGGGCUUUCCGGGUGCACAGCCCGUCUCGAUGGACAUGAACAACAUACGCUACCUGACCGAGAUACCAUACCGGGUGUCGUGGAAAGCAGACGGAACGCGCUACAUGAUGUUGAUACACCGCGAAGGGGAGAUCUAUUUCUUCGAUCGUGACAAUUCGGUGUUCGCCGUGGAGGGAAUGCGGUUUCCGUCACUCGCGGAUCCGAAUCGGCACAUCACGGACACGCUAGUAGACGGUGAGAUGGUGAUUGACAUACACGGGGAGCAACGCCACCCUCGUUACCUGGUGUACGAUAUAAUAUAUCUUCAUGGCCGCGAAGUUCGGAAGCAACGGUUCCAUCCCGAGCGGAUAUCGUUAAUCAAUAACGAAUUAAUUGACGCGCGUAAUCGUGCCACCGAGCAGGGCUUACUGGACCGCAGCAGGGAACCGUUCAGUGUGCGGUUAAAAAAUUUCUGGAACAUUUCACAAUCUCAAUCACUGCUCGGGCCAAAGUUUAAAGAACAGCUGCCUCACGAACCUGAUGGGCUCAUUUACCAGCCCUCGCUCGAUCCGUACGAGUCGGGCGUUUGUCCCCGCGUUCUCAAGUGGAAACCGCACCACAUGAACUCGAUCGACUUCCGGCUAAUGAUCAAGGAAGAGACCGGGUAUGGUAUGGUGCCGGGUAAGAAAGGGCUGCUGUACGUUGGCGGAAUGGACCAGAACUAUGGCGAGAUCAAGCUGACGCGCGAACUAAGACAGUUGAACAACAAAAUUAUCGAGUGCAAAUUCGAAAACGGCAAAUGGGUACUGAUGCGUGAGCGCACGGAUAAAUCGUUCCCGAACAGCUACGAAACGGCCAGGAAUGUGUACGAAAGUAUCCGCAAUCCGGUUACCGAGGAACGGCUCUUGACACUGAUCCAGAAGCAGGCUUAUCGAUCGGAUUCCAUUCGGAUGCCCCCACCACCACCUCCUGAGUCAGCCGGUCAACAAGCAAACAGGAAGGCUGAGUGUAGAGAUUAA